CUUCUUUCCCACGCAAAAUCUAAACCUUCCCUCGCCAUACGUUUCACAUAGGAGGUGACGAGAUCGAAUCAACUAAGAUUCUCCGUUGUCACAGAAACCCUCUCUCGCCCAGGCGGUCAUGUGUUCGACUCCUAUACCCCAAAAUGUCCUGCAAAUUCCACAAGUUUCCCCACCGCCCGAUCGCAUCGAAUACCACAAGUACAGAGCUCUUAAAGGCACUCUGCACCCCUACAAAACAACUUACAGCACCAGUUCCCUUCGCUAGAUUUCUUUGCGCAACCACAAAUAUCCGCCUGGAAAUGCUCUGCACUCAUCGACUUAAUAAUUCGGUACGCUUUCCGUUCAAUCUUCUAUUCUAUAAAAUCACAAGGUUUUAUUACUCAAAAGUACUUGAAGAUUACAUCAGAGAAAAUAAAGAAACCCUAGAACCCUACGACGUCUUGAAUAUGAUCAGGUUUCAGAAAAAUCCCGAAAUAGCCCUGCAAAUUUUCCAGUGCACUGCAAGAAUUCUCCAAUUUAAACAACUCCGUGCGAGCUACGACAUUUUAAUUGAUAAAUUAGCAAAGGCAAAGAAAUUUGAUUUGAUAGAGAGAUUUCUGGAAGGUUUAAAGAGGAGAAGGAAGCCUGGAUUAAUGGUUGUCGUUAUCAGGCUCUAUGGACGAGCAAACAUGCCUGAAAAUGUCCUGAAAACUUUUUGUCAGAUGACGGACUACAAUUGUAGGCAUACUGUCACGGCGUUUAAUUGUCUUUUAAGCGCUCUUGUGAAUUCGGAGGAGUAUAGUACUGCAGAGAAAAUGUUUGGGAAAAUAAGUCUUUUUGGAAUUUUGCCGGAUAUUUAUAGUUUUAAUAUCCUCAUCAGAGCUAAGUGUGGGUUAAAUUUAGUGGAUGAAGCCUGUGAAAUGGUGGGCUUUAUGGAGAAGCUAGGAUUGAGUGCUGAUACCGUAACAUACAAUACGCUGAUGAACUUUUUUUGCAAGGCAGGAGAGUUCGGAAAGGUCUACGAAAUAAUGGCUGAAAUGGUAAAGAAAGACUGUAAUGCUGAUGCUGCUACGUAUAAUAUUUUUUUGACUGCAUUUUGUAAUGAAGGAAGGAUGAGUGAAGCUAUGAAGCUUUUGAAUGUGAUGAUUCGAAAUAGAUGCGUGCCUGACAUAGGUACUUAUAAUACUUUGCUGAGGGGUUUUUGCGGGACUGGUAUGAUGGAAGUAGCAGAGAUAGUUCUUAGCGAGAUGCCGGAGAAAGGUUGUAGGCCUAAUAUUUUCAGUUAUUGUAUUUUGAUUGAAGGUCUGUGCAAGAAAGGUAGGGUGGAUUCAGCAUACGAGGCAUUCUGUUUGAUUUUAAAGAAGAAGUGGGUUGUGAGUGAGGAUGUUUGCGAGAUGAUAAUUGAAGGUCUGUAUAAGACGGGGAGGUUUAAAGAGGCCGUUGGGAUGAUAGAUGAGAUGAACAGGUGGGGGUUUGUUCCAGGUGCAAAAACAUGGGAUGCAUUGGUGAAAUCAUGUUUGAAUUCCUAAGUUUAUAUCUUGGCCUUUGCAAAAACCUCUUAUAGUUUUGUUUGCAAUCCAUGGGAUGUGCGUACCAUCGGGCUGUGGACUAGUGGUAUGAGAAGGCACUUAUUGCAGCAAUGAACCAGGCUAAAAACCCAGCUGAUAUGCCCCUACAUCAAGUGUUUCUUUGUGUCCAUGCUGCUUGGAGAAUGUGGCAGUGGAUUUGGCAAUUAAACGAACCCUUGGUUUGAGAGCAGUAAUAUGAGAUGGCUGACUGGUUCCCAGCUAAAAUGGAAUGCUUUAGCUCGGUAAAUGUUGCAGAAGUUCCAUAAACCUUGAUCCAACGAUGUUAUGUGAAGGGUUGAUGUGAGGAAGAAUAUCCCACAGCUACAAACAUACAAGGAAGUUGCUCAAAGGGGAAGAUUUCACAAUAUUAUACGGAAGCAGAUUGCUCCACAUAACGAACACUCCAACAUUCAUCAAGUAUUCAUGAUAAGGAAGGAAUCUUAUAAAUAUCUUGAAUUUCCUCCAGAAAUCCAAGAAUCAUUGCCAGUAUAUCAGGUGAUUGCUCCAAAGAGUUAAUCAAAGUUAGAAGAUCUGUUUGAACAACAUGAUAUAAUUUGGGAUCAUGCCUUCAUCAUUAUCACUGCUGAAGCUUGAGAUGUUGAGUAUCAAGAUAUUACCCAAGGCAUCAACAUUCAUUCAUGAUAGAGUAUCAAGUCUACGCUGCAAACUGAGAAGGCAUCCCAGUCAUCAUUCAACCAAUCAAAAGGUUCCAAGUGAAGAUGUCCAGAUGCAAUGCACUUGACUCAUCAUAUGUAGACACAAACUCUUAUGUACCUUCCCUCACUAUCUAUUGGUCAAAUAUUCAAGAGAAGACACGUCUAAAUAUUGUAGUUAUUUCAUUGGCCAGAAGGAUGUUUGUUGUAACAAAUCCUAAUUAGGGUUUCAUCUUGUAAUCUUGGCCAUUGAUAUGAAUCAAUCCAGGCCAUUCAUUUGUAAAUGGAGCACUAUAAAAGGCUUCUCUCUCACAUUUGUAAGGGUUAAUAGUUUAAGAAUAGUUAAUAGUUUAACAAUAGUGAAUAGUUGAUAGAUGUUAGAUAGCAAGCAGUUAGAAUAGAGUCGGAGAAGAAGAAAUUGUCGCUAAAGCUUGUAAAUGGAUAUACUCUUUUCAUUGAA